AUGACUGAAAAGUUUCUUGCUAAAUUCUUUCCACCUGCAAAAACAGCCCAACUCAGGAGUGAGAUUGGUCAAUUCAAGCAAAAUGAUUUCGAGUCACUCUAUGAAGCAUGUGAAAGGUAUAAAGAUUUGAUUCGACGCUGCCCUCAACAUGGAUUGCCAGAUUGGUUGCAAGUUCAUAUGUUCUAUAAUGGGUUAAAUGGGCAAACUCGGACCAUAGUUGAUGCUGCUUCUGGUGAAACUUUGAUGUCAAAGACAGCUGAGGGUGCUACCUAUUUUUUGGAAGAAAUGGCCUCAAACAACUAUCAAUGGACAACCGAAAGAACUAUGGCUAAGAAAGUUGCUGGGAUUCAUGAAUUGGAGCCGUUAGCAGUCCUUUCAGCUCAAGUUACUACUCUAACCCAACAGAUUUCAGCUUUGACAACUCAAAGGAUACCACAAAGUGCAGAAUAUGUUGCAGCUACAAGUAUGACAAUUCCUAGUAAUGAAGCAAGUCCAGAACAAGUUCAAUACAUCAACAAUCGGAACUACAAUUAUCGUGGUAAUCCUAUGCCAAAUUACUACCAUCCAGGACUUCGAAAUCAUGAGAAUUUGUCUUAUGAAAAUACAAAGAAUGUGCUGCAACCUUCUCCAGGAUUUGAUAGUCAACAAAACGAGAAGAAGAUGUCACUUGAGAAUGCCAUGAUUUCCUUUGUUGAGGAGACAAAUGCAAGGUUUAAAAAGACUGAUUCACAGUUGGACAAUAUUGAGAUUCAUUGUAGCAACAUGGGAGCUGCUAUAAAGAAUAUUGAAGUGCAAAUUGGGCAACUAGCCAGAACUAUCAAUGUCCAACAAAGAGAAACUUUUCCUAGCAACACAGAAAUGAAUCUAAAGGAACAAUACAAGGCCAUCACACUUAGGAGUGGAAGAGAACUUGAGAGGUUACCAUCAAAGGAAACUAAUUCCACCCCUACAGCUGAAAACAAUGGUCAAAGCAAGAAUAAAGUUGAAAAAGAGGAUGAUACAACAAGAGAGACUGACAAGCCUCCAGGAAUUUCAUUUCCUGACAAUCCCCUAUUCUCUCUACUCCAUUUCCUUAUCCUCAACGUUUUCAAAAACAAAAAUUAG